AUAAUACUAUAAAAGUGUUGAUCGGGCGUUUGCAAAAACACCAGUCAUCAGACUCAGAGCGGAGAAGAGACAAGCUGCCUGUGUAAGAGUCAAAUUCAAUCAUGAAGGUACUUGUGGUUCUCGCACUUUUCUCCGUUUGCAAUGCCAACAUCCUGUGGCAGGAGCCAGCCAAGACCAAUCUGGAAAUGGUGAAAGAUGCUUUCUGGGACUAUGUUGCUAAAGUGACAGUCACCGCUGAGGACUCCCUGAGUCAGAUCAGACAGUCUGAGCUGGGACAGCAAGUGAAUGCCAGGAUCACUGAGAGCACUGACCAAGUCAACAAGUACGUCGCUACUCUGCAGGCUCAGUUGACUCCUCUGACCCAGGACUUCAUCACUAGGGUUACCCAGGAGGCUGAGCAGCUGAAGACUCGUCUGGAGCAGGAUCUGACCACUGUGAGCACUAACGCUGAGGAAAUAGUGGCGCAGAUCCAGAAGCAGGUGGAGGAGCUGAAGAAGGAGGCCACCUCUUACGCUGAGUCCAUGGACCCCGAGGCUGUGAAGGCCGUCCUGCUGCAGAAGAGCCAGGAGCUGAAGGAACAGCUGGAUCAGAAAGCCACCGAGCUGCAGGCCCAGAUGGUCCCCUACACCGACGACUUGAGGCAGAAGGUGGAGAAGAGCAUGGAGGAGUUUCAGAAGACCAUCAUCCCCCUGACCCAGAGCUUUGAGGCCCAGCUGGCCCAGAAAACCCAGGAGGUCCAGCAGAACCUGGCUCAAACAGGAGAGGAGCUGAAGGCCAAACUGGACGCCAGCACUCAGGACCUGCAGGCUCAGCUGGCCAUUCUGUGGGAGUCUUUCACCUCCAAGACCCAGUAAACACGCCUCCUCCAUCAGCCUCUGCACACCAAAUAUUUAUUUCAAUUUCACCCAGUGUAUGCUUCACUAAAUAAAUGAUUUAACAAUCAA